ACCACCACCCCACCCCACCCACACACACCGCCCAUCAUGCCCUUCACGCCCUCGCCCACCGACGAGAAGGCCAUCGCCACGAUCCGCACGCUCGCGGCCGACAUUGUCGCAAAGAGCAACUCCGGCCACCCGGGCAUGCCCAUGGGCAUGGCCCCGAUUGCCCACCUGCUCUUCUCCCGCUUCUACACCGGCAGCGGCAAGGAUGCCAAGUGGAUCAACCGCGACCGCUUCGUGCUGUCCAACGGCCACGGCUGUGCGCUGCAGUACAUCAUGCUGCACCUGCUCGGCUACAACCUGAGCAUGGACGACCUGAAGAGCUUCCGCCAGCUCGACUCCAAGUGCCCCGGCCACCCGGAGACGAACCACGGCGUCGACGGCAUCGAGGUCACCACGGGCCCGCUCGGCCAGGGCUUCUCGAACUCCGUCGGUCUCGCCAUCGCGCAGGCCAACGCCGCCGCCACGUUCAACAAGGACGGCUUUGAGCUGUUCAACAACAAGACGUACACGUUCCUCGGCGACGGCUGCCUGCAAGAGGGUGUCGCCUCCGAGGCGGCCUCGCUUGCCGGCCACCUCAAGCUCGGCAACCUGAUCUGCAUCUACGACGACAACCACAUCUCCAUCGACGGCGACACGGCCUGCUCCUUCACCGAGGAUGUUGAGCAGCGCUUCCUCGCCUACGACUGGCACGUGCUCGCUGUCAACGACGGCGACAAGGACCUGGCUGGCAUGUACGCCGCCAUCGAGGAGGCCCACAAGGUCACCGACAAGCCCACGCUGAUCCGCCUCAAGACGACGAUCGGCUUCGGCUCGAAGAUCCAGGGCGGUGCCGGCACGCACGGCGCGCCGCUCAAGGCCGACGACAUUGUGCAGCUCAAGGAGAAGUUCGGCUUCAACCCUGAGGAGAAGUUCGUCGUGCCCGACGAGGUGUACGCGGCGUACAAGGAGAUCCAGCAGAAGGGUGCCGACGCCGCGAGCAAGUGGCACAAGCAGUUCGACGAGUUCAAGUCGAAGUUCAGCGCCGAGCACAAGGAGCUGUCGCGCCGCAUCGCCGGCGAGCUGCCGCAGGGCUGGGAGAGCGCGCUGCCCACCUACUCGCCGUCGGACAGCGCCGUGGCGUCGCGCAAGCUCUCCGAGACGGUGCUUGCCAAGCUCGCCGUGGCCAUCCCGGAGCUGCUCGGCGGCUCGGCCGACCUGACGGGCUCGAACCUGACGCGCUGGGGCGACGCCGUCGACUUCCAGCACCCGAGCACGCGCCUCGGCGACUACAGCGGCCGCUACAUCCGCUACGGUGUGCGUGAGCACGCCAUGGGUGCCAUCAUGAACGGCCUCAACGCCUACGGCCUCUUCAUCCCCACGGCCGGCACGUUCCUCAACUUCGUCUCGUACGCCAUCGGCGCCGUGCGCCUCAGCGCGCUGAGCAAGCACCAGGUCAUCUGGGUCGCCACGCACGACUCGAUCGGCCUCGGCGAGGACGGCCCGACGCACCAGCCCGUCGAGACGGCCUCGGCCCUGCGCGCCAUCCCCAACCUCGACUUCUGGCGCCCGGCCGACGGCAACGAGACGAGCGCCGCGUACAAGGUCGCCAUCGAGGCGCGCCACAACCCCUCGGUGCUCGCCCUCACGCGCCAGAACCUGCCGCAGCUCGAGGGCAGCUCGAUCGAGAAGGCCGCCAAGGGCGGCUACGUGCUCAAGGAGGUCGAGAACGCCGACAUCACCCUCGCCGCCACGGGCUCCGAGGUGGCCAUCUGCGUCGAUGCCGCCAAGGAGCUCGAGAAGCAGGGCCUCAAGGCGCGCAUCGUGUCGCUGCCGUGCAUGAGCGUGUUCGACAAGCAGCCCAUCGACUACCGCCUCUCGGUGCUGCCGUCGGGCCACCCGAUCCUCGGUGUCGAGGCGUACGGCAAGCACGGCUGGGCGCAGUACUGCCACGUCUUCCACGGCAUGAAGGGCUUCGGCGCCUCGGCCCCGGCGCCGGCGCUGUACAAGAAGUUCCUCCUCGAGCCGCAGCCGAUUGCCGAGAAGGCGUCCAAGGUCGUUGCGCACUACAAGAAGUCGAACGUGGCCGCCGUGUCGCCCAUCGAGCUCGAGGCUGCCUUCUCGGGCGAGGCCUGAAGCGGCGCAGUCUCCGCUCCUGCCUCUCUCUCUCUCUCUCCUUCUUACAUACCGCCUGAUCUCACUGUACCUCACAUGGCCCGCUAGACCGAACUCUGUUGAUUUGGCUGAUCUGCCCAUGCGUGGCGGUGAGCGUGCGGGCGAGGCGACAGACGGCAGUGGCAGAAAGGACGUGCUGAUUUGGGAGUGACUGGCGGGGGUGCGUGACCAGGGUGACAUGCGGGAAGGAAGAGGGACGCAGAGGCAGGGAGAGCGACCGUGUAUGUGACGCAAGGGUGCCGUGUGUGUGUGUGUGACGCGGGAGAGAUGCGGAGAGGCGCUGCUACAGGAAGAGGAGGG